UUACAGGCAUGCACCACCGCUCCAGGUUGUUAGCUGCCAUUAUGAUGCUCACUCCAGCUGCAGGCCUUGACACUAGCUGUUCCUCUGUUGGAGCACAUUACUCCCUGAACUUUCCUGUUCAUCGGGGACCAGUUCCGUCCAGUUCUCCUAUCUCAGUUUGGGUGCCGCUUCCUCCUCUUAAUCAUCGACGAAUCAAUGCGGUGAGAGAGCCUCUAGGGAAGGACCGGUGUGCAGAAAGGUAUUGGGUCAAUCCGGGCGUUUUGGGAAGGACCCGAAACCGCUGGGGGCCAUAACAAUUGAAAAGAUGCACAAAGGUGACUCGAAGGUGGCUUGGGAGUGUCUCAGAGCCCUUUGGCGGGGCUGGAUACCCGAAGGGGUUGUGCAAUUGCAGCUCGCAGUUGGAUUCGCAGAGGGAUUCGCAGUGCGCACAGCGGGAACUGGUGAGGGCAGCAGUCCAGCGCAGCUCUAUUGCUAGCCAGGGGGCGGGACUGGAGAAGUGACUGAGCAAGUGUAGGAGCAGGAGACGUCCACAGCAGUGCAAGCCAAGUGAACCGCGGGAAAGGUGUUGGAGGCGGCGAAGAGCUGCGGUGGCCGGGACCUUGCGCCGGGCGGCCGCUGGCAGAGGAAAGUGCCCCACUCUGGGGAAUGGCUGGCACCUACCCGGCCCCUCCAGAAGCACCUGAGGGCACGAGUCGGUCCUGGGUGGCGUCUCUCAGCGCACUAAGGCGGGGCUGUGGGUCACCCUGCUGACCAGAGCAGGACUCAGUCCUGGCUGAGCACUAAAGGAUACGCCCCGCGGGCGCACAGGUUCCUGCUUCCCCAGCAAUGCUCUGAGAGCCUGGGUUUUCCGAGCUGCGCUCCAUCGACUGGGUAGGGUGCCCAGGACAACCCCGACGACGCUAAAUCUCGGCCUAUGGAUCCUUCUCCCGGCCCACUCACCCCCUACCCCAAUUCCAGGGCUGCACCUCGGGGAUGCCACCAUGGACUACUCCAGCUGCAGCCCAGGCCUCAGUUCUGGCGUCGGUUCGACGUCUUGGUCCCGCCCCCACCCCUCCAUUGGUCAGGACUGGGAAUGGGGCGGGGCUGAAGGGCGAGGGCCGCCCAACCAGCGGUGCAGACCGCCAAGACUCGCUGAGACGACUCCCAGGUCUACGCCUCCGGGAUAGCCACAGAGCUUGUCCGCCUCCCCUGCCCGCGGCGCGGACCUCGGCAUCAGCUGGACUGGCUAGCCCAGCGGUGACGGACCGACGGAUUAGUUGGCAGUCUCCAGCCUGUGCUGCAGCCUCUGCCCUGUGUCUUCGGCGGCCGCGUCCCCACAUCCCAGAGUCCGGACAGGUGCCGCGCGGAGGGGAUUUCGGAUUUCGUUGUGGCCUCAGGCGACUCCUGCGGCCCCCUGCUAGCCGUCGGGGCGUUCGCCAGUCCUAUUGCGGAGCGGAUGCGCGCCGACUGAGCGCCCCCGACCGGCCCGCAAUGGCCACGCGUCCGGGGCCGCUCUGGCUCCUGGGCCUGGCGCUGUGCGCGCUGGGAGGCAGCCCCGGCCCGCGACCCCCACACGGCUGUCCUCAGCGUCGACUGGGCGCUCGCGAGCGCCGCGACAUGCAGCGUGAGAUUCUGGCGGUGCUGGGGCUGCCUGGGCGGCCCCGGCCCCGCGUACCACCCGCCGCCGCCCGGCAGCCCGCGUCGGCGCCGCUCUUCAUGCUGGACCUCUACCACUCCAUGGCAGGAGACGAUGACGAGGACGGUGGACCCUCGGAGCGGCACCUGGGCCGCGCCGACCUGGUCAUGAGCUUCGUCAAUAUGGUGGAGCGUGACCGAGCCCUGGGCCACCAGGAGCCCCACUGGAAGGAGUUCCACUUUGAUCUGACCCAGAUCCCAGCAGGGGAGGCUGUCACAGCUGCAGAGUUCCGGGUCUACAAGCUGCCCAGCACCCGCCUGCUCAACACGACGCUCCGCAUCAGCAUGUUCCAGGUGGUCCAGGAGCACUCCAACAGGGAGUCUGACUUGUUCUUUUUGGAUCUUCAGACGCUCCGAGCUGGGGACGAGGGCUGGCUGGUGCUGGAUGUCACAGCAGCCAGUGACCGCUGGUUGCUGAACCGUAACAAGGACCUGGGACUCCGCCUCUAUGUGGAAACUGAGGAUGGGCACAGCGUGGAUCCUGGCCUGGCCGGUCUGCUGGGGCAACGGGCACCACGCUCCAGACAGCCUUUCAUGGUCACCUUCUUCAGGGCCAGCCCGAGUCCCAUCCGCGCCCCUCGGGCAGUGAGGCCACUGAAGAGGAGGCAGCCAAAGAAAACCAAUGAACUGCCGCACGCCAACAAACUCCCAGGGAUCUUUGAUGACACCCACGGCUCCCACGGCCGGCAGGUGUGCCGGCGGCACGAGCUCUACGUCAGCUUCCAGGACCUCGGCUGGCUGGACUGGGUCAUCGCCCCCCAAGGCUACUCGGCCUAUUACUGUGAGGGAGAGUGCUCCUUCCCGCUGGACUCCUGCAUGAACGCCACCAACCAUGCCAUCCUGCAGUCCCUGGUGCAUUUGAUGAAGCCAGAUGCAGUCCCCAAGGCAUGCUGUGCGCCCACCAAGCUGAGCGCCACCUCUGUGCUCUACUAUGACAGCAGCAACAAUGUCAUCCUGCGCAAGCACCGCAACAUGGUGGUCAAGGCCUGCGGCUGCCACUGAGGCCCUGCCAACUUGCUCUGCUGCUGCUGUCCCUCCCCAUCAGGAUCAGACCCCUCUCUGAAUGCAGGAGACCCUCAAACCCAGCCAGACCUAAGGCAAGAUUGGCAGGGAGGCCUUCAAACCUCACAUUCCUCCUUCAUGCCAGUUCUUGGUCCUCUGCUGGCCCCUCUGCCUCCCUUCCCCUGCCUGAAGUUGGUGUGAUGGUCCUACCUCCAGCCCUGGUGCUCUGAGUCCUUAAGCAUCAGUCCUCCAUUAGCCCCUCCCCUAGAGGCAUGAAUAGAUUGGCACUUUGAGGUCUUGUCUGCAGAUCUACCCAUGCCCAUUACUGGCCCAUAUUGUGGGCAGAUUGGAAUGACCUGAGAGGCACCUGGUGCCCUAGAAGACACGGCCUUGUUCUUACUAUCAACUAUAGGGUUUGGAAUGUGUAGACAGAGUCUGGUCCUGUCUCUGGCCUGCUCCUCCCAGAUAUAAAACUGGGUAUUUCUGGAGAACAGUUAAAAGCAGGGACCUGCCCUCAGCAUUGUACAUUUAUGGAUCUGAAUUACCCAAACCACUGGUCACAGAUGGACAUGCAGGGUCAACUGAAGAUAAAGCUGAAUGAACAACACAAUUCAGGUUAAAUACAAUGGCAUGUAUCUUCCUCCAUCUUCCUGCCUUGAGUCCGUCUCUCCUGAGGGGAAAUGUGCAGUGCAAGAAUGUUUUGCUUUGGAGAAAUAAGAAAAUCUAAGAGAGCUUCCAGUUGAUCCAUCUCUCUGCCACCAUGUUAACCCACUGGGAGCUCAGGUCUGUGGAAAAAUUCUUUAUGCUGAGCAAGUAUGGUGGUUGCCUGGGUGGCCAUGAAGAUAACGCACAGCAUAGACGUCAUCAUCUCCCUUUCCCCUCUGCAUGGCAACACGUCAAUAGUCAAUCUUGAUAUUUCUUUUUCUCACUCUGGAUACAAUUUCCAAAGGAUUAGCACAGGUCUCCUGGGAACCACUGGCAACAGAUCAAAGUUGGCAGGUGAAGUGAGAACUGGUUGCCAUCUUGUGCCAUACUAUGUAUGUGCAGCACCGGGCAGCCUGUGACCAGGCCUGGGGAAGGGCAAGGGUUCACCAGCACUGCUUGUGUCCAACAGUUACCAAAAACAGGCUGGUCACCAAAGUCUGCAUCACCCUGUGUGUGCAGCAGCCCUGUCCUGUUUCUGGGGCCUGUGAGUCAAAGAAAAGGCCCCUGUCCCAGGCGAAUGACAGGUGGUAAUUAGGCUGUGUUGGGUGGGGAGGUUUGUCUCAGCCUCCACCGUUCCCGGAAGUCACUGUUCUCCUUGGAGCUGCCACUGGGAGUUGGAGUGUUUAUUUGAUUUUGAACUUGCCAAGCCUGUAAUUUACCUGCUGGAACAGACAGAGUGCAGCUGCCUGAACUGUCAUUAAAAGCAUAUCCUGGUCCCACUCCCAUCCACAGACACACCCAGCUGAGGUGGACCCAGGGAUGCACUUUUCUGGAGUUCACACGCUAUACCCCUGAGAACAGUCCUUGGAGAGGGCAGGUCUGGCACAGUGAUGAGGCUGGGGCUGUGCUGAACAGCAGCCUUUCCACCUGGACAGGGGAAGGCUGCCUUGGGUGGGUGUAGAGAAGAUAGCCUCCCGUGUUAUGGCAGGUACAGACUGUCUGGAAGGUAGUGAGUUCCCCAUCAGUGUUGAGGUCUCAGCUCCAGCCUGGUUAUAAGGAGACUGGACUUGUGAAUAACUGCUUUAUCUGUGCUGUUUCUCUCUGUAGUGUGAAGGAAUUGGACUUUUUGAUCUCCAAAGGGCCUUCAUCCAGGAAAUCUAUGUACCAAGCCUUUCUCACAUUAAGCCCAGGUGUAGUCUCUUGAUCCUGACGGAAGUUCAGAGGGCUCAUGAAUCGAGAGCUGGCAUAUAACAUAGGACCUAUUUGCCAUUCUAGUAUCUCUAACAGUUCUUUCUUCUCAACAUCAAGUAUUGUCUUUUAGGUAAUUAAAAAUUUUAAAUUGGU